UGCGAGAUCGCAUCAGACCGGUCUGAACCCGCGUAGACGGUGCAACGGUCCAUCCGAUUCGCAGUUUCACCGGGAAAUCGUUUGAAUACAGUUCUGCUGGACAGUUACAAUCAACGUUUUCUUAACGGUGUCGCGUUUCCAAUAGAAGACCUGAAGUUUAAAUCAAAUCGAACGGACUUUUGUGAAGACCAGCAACUUCGAAGACUGUAGUCGUCAAACACUUUCGACGACGUAAACACGAAAACCCCAUUACAUUAAAACAACUUGGAAUAGUGUAGACACGGUAGCUCGCACGCUUUAAGCAUGAAAAAGAACACGGUUGGCAGCUUUUCCAUCGGCUUUCACCUGGAGCGAAGGCAAAUCGUGGCCGGGCAAAGGUAGGGUCGCGUUGCAUACGAAAUCUUGAACGUCCAUUGGGCCGGCUACGCCUUUGACCACGCGAGCGAGCAUAACCCGAAGCUUGGCUGGUUGCAGCCAGAGAGGAGACGAUAAUGACCUUCCUCGGCGUACCCGUGGACGGAGUAGGAGGGCCUUUGACACACUUGACGCUCAGGUGAAUCGUAACCGAGAGCCGGGAAGCUCGUGGUUAGUUUUAAGCCGGAGAUCGAGCGGAGCGCGUCUCGCGAGAGGGAAGAGACAGUGGUCGAAGAGGAUAAGGACGCGGCAUGAGGACCAGGUGACAUGGACAUACGUAGAAGAGAUCGAUCGGGAUUGCGCGAGGCGUGGAAACUCGGCGAGAUCGAGGAGCUAGAACAUUGAAGUCGAAAAGAGGCUGAUCCAUCGAGGACAGAAAUCGUUAACCAGGUCGAACCUAGUGGAGGGGACAACGGAUGCAAUAAAAGGUGCACGUGGGUUGCUUUGAAGAAAUCAAAAGUGCAACUAAGUUGUAUUUCUUUGAUCUACAUAGAGAUACUUGGCGAGUUUUUCAAUCGUGUUGGUGAGAAAAAUAGGACAAUUCGUGACACUGUGAACAAAUCUUCGUCGAACUGAGAUGUAUUCAAGGACGCUGUUAAUCGCCGCGUGUUUAUGCGUGGCACGCGUUCAUUCGCAGUUCUUCAGUUUCAAAAACUUGAAAGCUUACACGAGAAUCUUUAAGCUGGACGGUCUGCUGGCGAACGAGACCGGUAACGAGCUGUGGAACGGAUUGCUUAGAGACUGUGACCGAUCAGUAACGUUCUCGUGUAUACAGAAAAACGCUUACUCGUAUCUGGACAACGUUUUCGUGGAACGAGAUAACGUGACCGUGUUCGAGGGGCUGACGCUGACGAAAAACAGUCUCGAUUAUGGAACGUGUCGGAAAAAGGAGGAGCAGGACUCGCUGGACGAGAACCUAGUCGGAGGAUCUAGCAAUGAUCACUGCUCGAACGAAGCGGAAAGUGAAGGAACAGAGGGAGAGGAAACGGGUCGACAAUUCGAGGAGGAACGGACACCUUUGGAGGAAGUGACCGAUGCUUUGCGGAAAAGAGCCGUGAAAUUUCUUGCUACCAGAGAUUACGAGAUUCGAUUGCCGGAUUUCUUCUUCGAGGGUGCUGCGAUCAAAAUCAGUCCUCGCGAAGUGGAUGAAAACGGGGCCUUAGUAAGGCUGGAUUUCGGUCAACAGCGUUUACAAAGCGAGGGGAGGAUUUUCUUCAAGAAAAUCAAAAAAUUUAUUCAGAAUAAAUUGCUGACGAGCUUGCUGGCGCUGCUGCUCAUCAUCAAGCUGAUAAAAGUGAAAUUCAUGUUCGUGAUACCAUUCCUGUUCGGCGUGGGCACAGCUAAGAAGCUUUUCCUGAAGCUGUUACUUUUCUUCAUACCCGCGUUCGCGCACAUUUUCAAACUGUGCUCGAGUUAUUACACCACGCAGUCCACAAAAUAUCAUCACCAUCAUCAUCAGAUAGCGCAUCAUCAUCACCACGUUCCAGUUCCGGUACCAGUUCCAACUUACUACAACCAUCAUCAUCAUCAUCGCGACGAAGAGGAGUUCGAUGGUUACGACUACGCUCAUCCUCAUAUUCAAUACCGAAAAGACAUGGAAGAGCUGAAAGAGUGGGGCAUCGAACCGUACGAAGAGCCUUACGACCAACAUACCGAACCCGUAGCUGCAGCCAGCAUUCCUGGCCGAGUUCCAGGAGUACUUCCAGCACCUUUUCCAGGACCCGUGUACCCAGGAACGUACGGUGUGCCGCAAUACGCGCCAAACGCUCAACCAGUUGCGCCUCCUUAUCAAGAAAAACGUCCCCCCGUGUCGGCUCACAAUUUAGCCUACUCGGCCUAUGCUGACAAUCGUCGAACGGUUGUCCAACAACAGCACGUAGCUCCCGUUGUGAACGUUCCUUUAAACCCUGCCAAUUUACCGUCAACGAUGUUGCCGACAGCUACGAACGUGAAACCUCCUUACACCGUGAUGGGAACGCAAAAUGUGCGACAGGUGUCUCCGAAGAAUUCGCAAACGGAGACGAAAGUACCUGUCGUGAGACAGAGACAAGGUUACGACGAUGAAUUUUACGGGCCAAUUGUUGGUAGACUCGAGGAGAUCUUUAGGCAAUUGAGAUUCAACGACGAGCCGUGCAGGGAGAGGCUGGUGUGCAGCAUGUACAAGAACCCGACUGUUUACUCGCCACACAGUAAUCUCGUUUCCAACGAACUCUCCAGAGACCCGCAGGAGUUGAAACGAACAGGAACCGAAAGCCCGUCUAGCCAGAAAUUUCACAGAUAUCUGAACGCGGCCAGAUUGGGUCAAGACGGUGGAGACUGCUUAAGAACCUAUCCGUGCCACAUAAAUACCGAGUAAACCUGACGGGGAUUUUUCUUUCCAAUUUUAAGGAUCACCGAAUACCAGUACGCGCAAACCACGCAUUCAAAUCUCAAGCGCGAGCAUUGAAGUCUCCUAUCCGGGCGUUGAAGUCUCCGGCGCGAACGCGACCGGUUGAUUCCGCUAAGCAAUCGCGCGGUCAAUUUAGGGCACCACGAGUGCGCAAGUUCUGCUUGGAACACGAGGACGGGUGCAUUCUUUUGGUCAAAGGAUGCCACUUGUCGUAUUUAAUGUAAUUACAUGUUUUGCACUGCGACGAGAAUUUUCCGAGAACGUUUUAUCGCUAGAAUUGGUAAAACGUUUUUCUCGUUCCUCGAGAACUUCAGCGUUUGCACUCGUGGUAAUAUCAAGGUGGAUUUAUAACGUGUGGAAUAUUAAAUCGAAUGAGAAAGAAGAAACUUUCUCUUCGAUUUAAUUAAGCAUAUUUUGUUUAGGGAUGUAGAUAGAUGAUUGGAAAUUAUAAUCGAUAAAGUCUCAAUUACUUUUCCGUUAGUAAAUUAAAACUGAGCUGUUGUUCAGCUUGAUUGAAUUUAGAGAUUCUUAUUGGAAGAAUAAAUUCCUUUCUUUUCUGAUGAAGUGUCAAACGCUAUUGACACCUUGUCAGAAAUAUACAAAUAUGAUUUCUGUAUUAAUUUAUUUGGGAUUCAUGUAUCGUAUGUAAUUAGAAAAGAAUAAUAAUUAAGGUGUAUACAUGGGUGAGCUUGUAACUACUAUCCUGUAAAUUAUUAUGUUGAAGGUAUGGAAUUUUGAAAAAAAGAAUUCCUAAUAAUAGAUAUAACGGUGUGCUUGUUUCUAAACACGAUUGUUUAUUGUUACGUUCUCGGGUGCCAUACCCAGUUAUUUAUUGUAUUUAUUAAAAUUUUAAUGAUGUAUAAAAAGUAAAUUAUGUACUGUACAAAGUGUAAGGAUGCUUCGAUCAUGCUACCUCGAAGUUUCAAUGUAUCCUAUUGUUUUGUUCGUAAU